UUCUUGUACAAAAAUAAAGAAAAUAAGUGUGAAGCCUAAACUUCGCAUUGAUUGUACCUAUUGGGCAAGUGCUCGUUGCACUUCGAUGGAGGAUUGUCUUGAUAAAGUGCCGACAAUUAAUAAAGUGGGAAUUUGACAUUAAUUGUGCCUAAUAUCUAGACCACACAUUGAGUACACGAUCCAGUAAACAUCUUGAUUUUAUGUAACAGACAUGUUUCAAUAAAAGAAUGCAGUGCGAUGGGUGCUUGUACGAAUGCAAUUAUCGGUUCUUCAUAGAAGUGUUUGGAAGGGAGUAUGAGCGGCACUUGCUAAGUUAGCUGACGUUUCCACGGCCUCUUCAACUUCUUUUAAUAAAGCCUACUUGGAAUAACAAUGCCGCUAAUCAAUUUUCUGCGAUAAGAAUAAUGCAAGUAGGUUUACUGAUAAAGCAAUCACUUUAAUUGUAAUAUCGAAUAUUUUUCAGUGCCGCUCAGUGGACGAUUAUAAAUGGACAUCUAGGUUGCGCUGAUUUUAAUUGAUAAGUGACUUAAUUAUUUUUGAGGAAGAACAAAAUGUGUGUGUAAUAAAGGCGGGCGUUAUACAAGAUAUUGAUUUUAUAAAAUUGUGAUAUUUUUGAUUUGGUGUGAUGGGUAAUUCUAAAUCGAAGAAGAGUGCGAAGGAACCGGACAAGUUUUUCGAGAGGGAGCGAUGGAGGGAGCAGAAACGGGAUGAGAAGCGUAAGAAGAAUGCGAACCCGUUGAAUAAGAGGGUCGCGGUGAAGGAGCCGCCGGUGCCGUUGGCGGCGAUGGUGAGCCCGGUGCCGCAGAGCGCGGCGGUGCCGGCGCCGCCGCCGGCGCAGGUGCGCUCCUUCGACGAAGAGGCUCUGGAGCUCAUGCGCUUCCAGCUGCGAAACGACGCUGAUGCUUUCCUACUCAACAACAUUCUGCUCUCGGUGCAGUUCUUUGAAAAUUAUGAAAGGGAGGUGCAAAAUAUCAAAAACAAUCCAAUAAGCGAACGGGAGCAUAUGAUAAACGACGCUAUGGUUCGUCACAACAAGCAUGUUUUCUUCGCUGACCGACUUCAAGAAAAUGUAAAUGAACAUGUCGUUUACCAAAAAGUUCGUGGGCAAAUGGAGCCCUUGACUUCGCCAAGACUUUUUGUUAUCUAUGAUAACGUGGAGGCCAGUGAACCGGGGGAUACAUCGGACUAUAGCGCUGUACUCGACGCCCCCUUUUAUAAGUUACGCAUAGAAGAUUGCAAAGAACCAGGGUUCGUGAAACUAAAGAAAUUGGAAGUUUUAGAAAGUACCUUAUUGAAAGAGAAUGAAUCUGUACCAGCCAAUAACAUUGAUUCGGACGACAGUGUGUAUACAGAAUCUGAAAAGGAAUCCAAUGAUUCUGAUGAUUCUCCAUCUACUUCAACAGGAGAAGCUUUACUGCAAAGUAUUAAAAAUAGGCUUGACACCGGUCAGGAAUCAGUAGCACCUAAUGUGAAACUGAAUUUUAAUGUACUUGAAGAUACUGGGCGAAGGCGCAGUGGGCCAUCUAAACAGGUCAGCGUGCAAGUGGAGAAAAAUAACAUUUUAAACAUAAGUAAUAUCCGGAAAACCAAUAUUUUACUUGAAGAGGAUGAAAGACGAGACUCAGUUGUCUUCAAACCAGAUCAAAUAGCAAGCGAAGACCUUGAAUCUAGGCCCAGGAAAUCUAUUUUGAAAAAUUCAAGAAGGCUUAGUGGACCUACUAGAGACAUGAAAGCAAAAAAUUCAAUCUUUGAUGCUCGGCCAAUCUCUGCUGAAAGUAUUAUAACAGAGGAUACCGAAACUUCUGGAUAUAGAUCUAAUUCUAGUAGCUUGAAAACCAAUGAUUUGAGUGAAAAUGAGUCUGAUUAUGGUUACUCAACAAUAAAAGAAUCGACUACUCCAAAGAGAGUGGAACUUAGCUCACUGGGCAACAGCUCACAUUCAUCAGGGGUAUUGCCUGACGAAACCUGGACUUCUGUAGCUGUUCGAGCAAUCGAUUGGACUGAUGAUGAAGACGAUGACUCCGACGAUAACACUUCAAAAUUGUCUCUAUCAAGAAAUCUAUAUGAUACGCAGUAUUAUCUUUGUUCUGUGGGUUUUAUGAGAAAUUUUGUUGACAAUUUCAUACUUGACUUGGGUUCAGUUUUAGGUCUAUCUCAAGAUGCUAUAAACAGCGCUCUCACUCAAGGGGCUAGUAUUUACUGUGAUACACUUAGGAAUGGAAAUAAGAUAGGAAACGAAGUAUUUCCUGCCCUUAUAGCGUCUUGGCCAAAUGCAGCUAAUCAAUGGAUAAUUCGGGAAAGGAAGAUUAUUCAAAACCCAAGAACAAACUUUAGUUAUCAAUGGCCGACCAAGUAUAUGGUUAGUAAAGCGAUGGGAUUUGGUUGUUUACUAGUACCUGUUGGGUUUCGACCAAAAAGGGGAUUGAACACAGAUCAGAAAUUGCAGUGGAAAAUAAUAUUCCCAGCAGCAGAACGCUACUUGGAGAGUUGUUUAGCUCAUGCACACAUGCGCUGCUACUUGUUUGCCCUCACUUUGCAUAAAAGUUUUAUGAUGGAACAUGAUAACUCCAAAAUGGGAAUAGACGUAAGCCACAUCAAAAACCAUCUUUUUUGGCAAUGUGAAGAUAACUACGCAAAAUGGCCAGAACAUCGUCUGGGUGAGACUUUGAGAAUAUUUUUGAGACGCUUUUACGUCCACUUUGGCCAAGGCCGAUUUCCAAAUUACUUCAUGGAGAACUGUAACGACUUCAAAAGUAUUCCAAAACCAGUUCUUCUAAAGAUGCAACGACGGCUAGCUGAUAUAUUGGAAGCUCCGGUAAUGCAUCUGCUGAGCGCUUUGACCAAACUUAAGUAUACAAAAAAAGAGUUUUAUCCCCAAUUCAAUACUCAAAGGUUAUACGAAAUAUUGACUAGCAAAAAUCCUCUAAGAAUAUUAAACCCUAACCUACCAAUGCCCAAUACAAAUUAUGCUGACAGCUCUGAUACUGAUGAGGAGCCAGAUACAAACUUCUGGGAUAAAGCAAAAAAACAUGACAAGUAUUAUCAAUGGAAAAAAGAAAAACAAAAGCAAUUACAAGAGCGAAGAAAAGCACAGUUUUAUAUUAGAAAACAGAGGGCGUCGAUAAAGCAAGAACAUGAAAUUAAUACCAAUAUAAUACUGCCGAACCGGAUGGAAGUAGAGCGCCGACGUUUGGUUCUAGAAUUUUUCAUCCCUCACUUCAUUGCUAUGGCGCGUUCUAGUGAGAAGUUUGAAGCUAUACGACAAGCGGUGAUCUAUUUGGAACAAGCGCAAAGGCUUUGCGUGCUGUUGAAGGAAGAACCCGCCGGGGAAUACACUGCUAACGAAUAUUUGGAUGUGAUUAGGGACAAGCUGGUUGACUGUCAAAGAAAAUUGGCUAACCAAGUUGGUUUCAAGCUUCCUCCACGACGGGAGAGUUCAGUUGAACGAUUUGCCCAAAGGCCGAUUAGAAAACUACGCCCCAGAUAUGAAAAUAUUACUAAUCAAGACUCUCCCUCAGACUCUUCUGGUUUUUCAGCAUUCACCUUUGUCGAAAUACAUGCUGAAAGCUCAUCAAACCAGGAUUCUAUUAGGUUAAACAUUGACGAUAUUGGAGAAGAAUCGAAGUUAUAAGUUUUUAUUAACUACUAGCUGACCCGGCGAACUCUGUUCCGCCUUAAAGGCAAUAAAUAAGCAAAUCUUUCCUUAUUUGCUCACCGUUUAGACCUACCCUGAACUACGACAAACAUUUUAACACCAAAAUCAGCUCAAUCGGCCCAGCCGUUCUCGAGUUUUAAUCAGACUAACGAACAUCAAUUCAUUUUUAUUUAUACAAUGUGUCCGGGCUUGUAGUGAUCAAACUUUAAGGGCAUAAUCUAUGGACAAUUUUAUCGAUGAAAAUACUUCAAACUUGGGGCUUGACCCAUUUAUCGCAAAAUUACAAGGAUUUAAGUUUAAAAUUUUUAGUUUUCACCUCUUCCUUCAAAAACAAGUGAAAGCGUGGGUAGCUUAACAUUAAUAAGCAAAUAUUUUAUAUCAUGCGAUAGCCAAUAAAAUUAUCUAUUAGUAGAAGUAGAAAACAGACACAAGUUUCAUACAUUUUAUGGGAGUAAGAUUGGUUUUAAUUAGAAAAAUACAUGACUUUUUUCACUUCUUUUUCAGUUAUUUUCCAACACAAGAAAAACCAGGUCGUUAAGGUAUGUUUUAUUUGCAUUGUAUUAUUAGUAUUUGAGCUAUUCUACAAAACGAAUGUAAAUUGAUUAGUCUACGUCUAUUAGUUACGACGUAAUUGUUGAACAGAGAUACCCCUUACCAGCGGUUUCCAUAGUAAUCGGAAUAGGUUGUGUGAUUAUUUUCAGGCAGAGCAUUUUCGCAUGUCGCGUGCGCUAUGGAAACCGCUGGGAAGGGGUAUCUUUGUUCAACAAUUACGUCGAAACUAAUAGACGUAGACUAAUAAAUUUGCAUUCGUUUUGUACAAUAGCUCAAAUACUAAUAAUACAAUGCAAAUAAAACAUACCUUAACGACCUGGUUUUUCUUGUAUUGGAAAAUAACUGAAAAAGAAGUGAAAAAAGUCAUGUUUUUUCUAAUUAAAUCCAUUCUUACUCCCUUAAAAUGUAUGAAACUUGUAUCUGUUUUCUACUUCUGCUAAUAGAUAAUGUAAUUGAUUAUCGCAUGAUAUAUAAAAUUUUGCUUAUUAGUGUUAAGCUACCCAUGCCAUCACUUGUUUUUGAAGGAAGAGGUGAAAACUUAAAAUUCAAAACUUAAAUCCUUGUAAUUUUGCGAGAAAUGGGUUAAGCCCUAAAUUUGAAGUAUUUUCAUCGAUAAAAUUGUCCAUAGAUUACGCCCUUAAAGUUUGAUCACUACAUGCCCGGACACACUGUAUAGAUAGAUUAGUAGGCUACUAUCUACUAGACUUUAGUAUGCAAGAAAUGCAGGUUAUCUAUGUUUGUAGUUAGAUAUUAUUAUACAUAAAUAAGAAUAAGCUUAGUACUUAAGAAUCUCUUAAAAGUUAGUUUAUUAUAUAAAAUAUAUUUUAUUCAAAUGAUCUGUUGGGUUCUUUAACAAAACUUCUUGUUUUUGUGGUCAUGAAGACCUUACAAAUGAAACACGUCUUUUAAUUUUACGAUUAAUUUACGACGAUUUAAGAAUCGUUAAUCGCCUAAAUAAGUUUAGGCCAGAUUUAAUUUUGUAUAAUUUCUAAACUAAUUAGUUAUUUUAAUGAGUUUAAUGUUAUGUCAGAUCAAAACAAAUACAAUUUUCAAUUUCCAAACUUGAUGUAAUUUCUAUGAAAAUAAAAAGAAUGUAGUAAUAGUAUAUUAUGUACAGUAAUUUUGCAUAAUUGAAUUGAAUAUGAAUUUUCUAGUAUGUAUUACUUAGCAUGCAAAACAUACGCAUACCAAUUAUUAUUGUGGCAUACCUAAAUCCUAAAAUAAAUCAAAAUAUUAUUUUGAAAA